GGCGGACAAAUUCCACCUUCAACCAGGUUGUGCUGAAGAGGUUGUUCAUGAGUCGCACCAACCGGCCACCUCUGUCCCUUUCCCGGAUGAUCCGGAAGAUGAAGCUUCCCGGCCGGGAAAAUAAGACAGCAGUGGUUGUGGGGACCAUCACUGAUGAUGUUCGUGUUCUGGAGGUGCCCAAGCUGAAGGUUUGUGCUCUGCGCGUGACCAGCCGGGCCCGCAGCCGCAUCCUCAAGGCUGGGGGUAAGAUCCUCACCUUUGACCAGCUGGCCCUGGACUCCCCCAAGGGCCGUGGCACGGUCCUGCUCUCUGGUCCGCGCAAGGGCCGAGAGGUAUACCGGCAUUUUGGCAAGGCGCCAGGAACCCCGCACAGCCACACCAAACCCUACGUCCGCUCCAAGGGCCGGAAGUUUGAGCGUGCCAGAGGCCGACGGGCCAGCCGAGGCUACAAAAAUUAAUGCAGAGAUGUACUCUGUU